UGUUUUCCGCCGCGGAUGCUUGUCGUCUCUGGUUGACCUCAGACACUUGCUUGGCUCUUGGAAGUUACGUUGUUCAAAGUGUCUGUGCUGGUUGAAGUCCUUGUGAAAAUUGCUCAGCUGCAGGAAACAUGAGGUCACAGUACAUCACGGCACCCACAGUCACUGUCCUUCUGUUCCUGCUGUGGAUCCCACCAUCAACAGGCUGCAACAAGGCUCUCUGUGCCAGCGACGUCAGCAAAUGCCUGAUACAGGAGCUGUGUCAGUGCCGCCCUGGGGAAGGGAACUGUUCCUGCUGUAAGGAGUGUAUGCUCUGCCUGGGCACACUUUGGGAUGAGUGCUGUGACUGUGUUGGUAUGUGUAAUCCUCGCAAUUACAGUGACACACCUCCAACAUCCAAGAGCACUGUCGAGGAGUUGCAUGAACCAAUUCCUUCCCUUUUCCGGGCACUGACAGAAGGGGACACUCAGCUGAACUGGAAUAUUGUUUCCUUCCCUGUGGCAGAAGAACUGUCACACCAUGAGAACCUCGUCUCCUUUUUAGAAACAGUGAACCAGCCACAGCAUCAGAACGUCUCUGUUCCAAACAACAAUGUCCACACACCUUACUCUAGUGACAAAGAACACAUGUGUACUGUGGUGUAUUUUGAUGACUGCAUGUCAAUACAUCAGUGCAAGAUCUCUUGCGAGUCCAUGGGAGCUUCCAAAUACCGAUGGUUUCACAACGCCUGCUGCGAGUGUAUCGGGCCAGAAUGCAUCGACUACGGCAGUAAAACUGUCAAAUGUAUGAACUGCAUGUUCUGAAGCAGGAAAAUUGUAAUAUAGCAAUACUGAGGCCAAAGUAAUCUCUCUCGGUUAAAGAGACUGGGAUUGCAAAUACUGCAUUUUGGUGGAGUGCCUGCUGGUUGCAAUUAAAUUUACCUGGUUGAAAAGAGGAUGUAUAAAAUCAGAGAACUUUUUUUUCCUUUUUUUCUUUUUUUUUUAUAAUUCAUAUAAGUGAAGCUAACUAUUAGAUGUUUAAACACUAUGUUUUAAACUUAUUUUUCUUUAUUUCUGCUCAAAUGGUACAGUCAUGCUCAUUGCUGUUCUGAUUGUUUUCCUUGGAUUUGAAAGUAUUGGCUAUACUGGUUUUCAGAACAUAGUACUUUAUCUUGUAGUUUAGAGUAGGGAAACCUUUAGAAUAUGGUAAUGAGAUUUCCAUUAUCUAAAUUCAACAAAUAAAUAAAUGGCUGCUAGGUUGGAGGGAGGGUGGAUGUUGUUUAGGAGCUGGGUUUUUGGGAUUUGGUUUCUGGGGUUUUGUUUAUAACUUUAUUACCUUCCAAUUUUUGAGGUUAGCUUUUUAUUGUGAAGUGGUACUUGGAGAAAAAUUAAAAUUCAUGCUUUCUCUUCAAGUUCAAAGUAUGGGCUGUCAUGGAUAAAAUCCUAACUUCUUAGAAGGGCUGCCCAACAAAACACCAUGAAUGGGACACUUUUCCUCCAAGUUUGUCCUGCUCUCUUUUCGUUGGGCCUAUGAAGCAUAAUUCAUGUAUUACACAGAAUAAUCUUUUCAGUCUUCUCUUAGAUCCCAAAAUAAAGCUGUUAAGUGCAGUUGCAUUUCCCAGCUUUUGCACUGUUCUCUAGGGUUAUUACACUCUGUACAUAUAGUCCAGUAGAGGAAACAUGAAAGGCUAUGAUGCAUUUAAUGACUAAAGGAAUAAAGAAUGAAAUGACAGGAACAAGCAAGCGGUACAGAUCUACCAGCUGAGCAGCUGGCAGCAAGCAUGUUCCCAUUUAGUAAUUUCCUGUGAAUAUUUAUUCCAAACAUUUUUAUUAUUAUUAAAUUUCUUUUUCCCCCCCAUAAAUUUUUAUCAAUGAAGAAGGGAAUAUGUGUCUGCAAAGGCAAAGUUAAAGUGUUUUGAGUUUAGAACAUUGUCCAUUUUUCUAAGUAAGAGUUUUUAUAUGUUGACAGUUACAUAGCAGUUACUAUGACCCAUUUAAGGGCUCCACAGAUAAUGGUACUAAGUACAAGAAUAAAGUGUAUGAGUAGUUAAUGAUCAGCUUUUUGUAUUUAUAAUAAUGUGGGUUUUAACUCCUUGAAACUCCUCAGUCUAGAGGGAUUAAACUGUUUUCUAGUUACACCUAUCUGUACCAUGUACAAAUGAAAGCAGUCAUAUUACAUUUAUUUUGUUGAAAAAAUUACCUGAAUGUUUCUUUCAAUUUUUUUUCUCAUGAUACAGUUCUUUCAAUAAGAUGGAAUAAUAAUAAUAAUUAUAAUAAUAAAAGAAAAAUCUACUCUUGUUAAAUAAUGCUACUUUCUUCAGUGUCUUUUUCAGCUAUAAAAGUGUACUUGAAAGAUGAAUGUUAUUAUUUUGAACUAGUGGAUAAUGGAAUGUCUUCAUACUUUCAACUUACAGUUAAGUGAUAAAAGAUCAUAGACAAGAAUAGAAAAACUUAGGUCAUAAUGGAGGAGUUGUUCUUCCUAUAUUUUACAAUUCACAUUAUAUUUUCUUCUGCUAGAAUUUCUUAAAAUGAAUGGAGGGGAACAAUAUGUUAGAGUAGCUGUGACUGUUUGUAGCUGGAGGGUGAUGCAUCAACGUUCCUGACCAAGACAGGAGACACGUAGCAAUCAAUCAAGCAGGAGGUCACUAGCGUCCUUUGGAUUUUUGCAGUCUUAAAUUACUGGAAAUAUGAGGGUAGCUCAGAAUCUUCUUGUGGGGGGAACAGGGCUGAUGUUUCUGGUCAGGCACCUGCUGCCCCAUGGAUCUGUGACACUGUCUCCAUUUACAUCCUCAGAAUUUCACUGUGAUGUCAAAUCAAGGAGGGGUGGGAGGGAUGGGGGAGCAGCCCAACAGGUGUCCAGGAAAUGCUGUGGGGAAUGGCAUAAAAAUGUAAACGCAGUUGUUUGCAGUGGCCUGAGAGAAGGUAGUGCACACCUUCUGGGACUUGCCUUACUUUUUGUAAUUCCUUGAUGCUGUCUAGAGUUUGCUGAAAGUGUUGUGUGUACACAAAUGUCAUGCAGCAACACCCAGUGUAUUUUAUGAUGAUGAGUGUUUUAAAAGGUAUUUUAAUAAAAAGACAUUACUGGUU